AUAAUACGAUCUCCACAAGGGGAUCUUAUCCUUGAAGUGGAAAACCUUUUUGUACUUAUAGAUACUUCCACGGGGGGAAACAAAAGGUUUAUAAGAAUAAGAGGCUCUUGAAGGGACGCGGCUAAGUCUCAAGCAGCAUUUCCAAGAAAUAACUAGGUACUUUUCGGACGAUGGCUCUUUGUUGUUCUCCGUGACGCUCCAAAUUUACGAGGCCCCGUUCAGUUCUCUUGUUCAGUUCUCUCUCUCUCUGGCAUGCACAUCUAAGAAAAUACCUCGUAAAAGAUGAGCAUCUUUAUCAUCGUAUCAUAGUAGUGUAGUAGUCUUCUAUACUCCUGGAGUGGGUGCAUUCAUUCAUUCACUCUCCUGAGGGCGUGAAACGUGCGAGGCGGUCGGGUCGCGCGCGAAAUAAUAAUAAUAAUAAUAAUAAUAAUAAUAAUAAUAAUAAUAAUAAUAAUAAUAAUAUUUUCCGCACAAGAAGGCCAUCACUCCUUUUUCGUCUCGUGGCAAAUACUAUCAUCCUUUCUCUUUCCAUCACUCUGUUCCAUCACUCUGUUCCAUCACUCUGUUCCAGUACAAAUGGCCUUAUAAAUAUAUGUUCCAGUACUUUCAUUUGUAGAGCACUCAUUUCCUCGAUUUUCUUCAACCUUUCUGCUCUGUUUGAAACAUCUUCUAGAUCAUGGCUUUCUUCUAUCUCUUUCAUCCACCUGACUGUCUCUGUGCCACGUAUCUGUAGAUGACCGUCCUCUUUCACUUACUCGUCAUUAAUGCUGCGAUAUCUGUUUGCGUUCUUCUACAGCGCACGAAUCGGCCAUGCAGCCCUUUAGGGGAUAGAGGGCGUUAUAGAUUGUAGACAUUUAGGUAAGCCGUAAGUAAAGUUCGUAGUCCUUCUCCGGCUACGCUAAUCCGCUUGACAAGGCAGGUAAAACUGCGGACGGCGGACACCCUCCUAAUCCUAAUCUUUUCUGCUCCUCUCAUGUUCACAACCAACUACCAUCUUCCAAAUAGUUUCUCCAGAAAUUACAGGUCUUGUUUGUAUAGGAGUCGAUUGUGAUCAGAGUUGUUGCCUCAUAGUACAGCUGCUUAGGUAACCAAGGACGCAGAGUUGAAUCAACUUCCCUCAGCAUAGUUGUACUUUACCUAUCAAUUAUCUGUUGGUGAUGUAGUCAGCAACAUACUGCUUUAUUUAUUUGAUGAUGAUGAUGAUGAUGAUCUAUUGAUGCCUAAGGGCGCCGCGAGCGCGUGUGAGGCGAUAGGGUCUCGCGCGAACACAGUAAUGAUAAGGUUACUACUUCACAACAACACGAAAUCUUUACC